AACGUCUGGUGGCCAGGAAGCCUUUGUUCGCCUACUGGAUAAGAAAGAUCGCAUCCCUCCCUUCCCAGACGAGCAAUAGCCUUUCCUCGCACCUGCCCCUGUCAAUUACCCUUUUGCCCUCACCGGCGGUGUCGACCAUCCGCCGCCGUAUCCAGUGCGAGAGCCGGUAGCAGCCCGAGGACUCUCCCAUGGCGGCCAUAUCGUCGCUUCCGUUCGCUGCACUGCGCCGAGCGGCCGACUGGAGGCCGUCGACGGCGACUGCCGCGGUGAGCGUCUCCGGUGGCGUCAUGCUCAACGCGAGGGCUCGGCGGGGCUCACGUUCGGUGGUGCGCUGCGUCAUCACUGCCGGUGAUAUUCCACCUACUGUGGCAGAUACAAAGAUGAACUUCCUGAAGUCGUACAAACGUCCUAUUCCAAGCAUUUACAGUACAGUUCUACAAGAACUUUUGGUGCAGCAACAUCUGAUGAGAUACAAAAGUACGUAUCAGUAUGAUCCUGUGUUUGCUCUUGGAUUUGUCACCGUCUAUGACCAGCUUAUGGAAGGGUACCCCAGCAACGAGGACAGGGAUGCCAUCUUCAAGUCAUAUGUAACGGCGUUAAAUGAAGAUCCUGAGCAAUACAGGGCUGAUGCACAAAGGAUGGAAGAGUGGGCACGCUCACAAAAUGGUAAUCUGUUAGUUGAAUUUUCUUCCAGAGAUGGGGAAAUAGAGUCCAUUCUGAAAGAUAUAUCAGAAAGGGCCCAGGGUAAGGGAAACUUCAGCUACAGCCGGUUCUUUGCUGUUGGCUUGUUCCGUUUGCUUGAGCUCUCAAAUGCGACGGAGCCAACCGUACUGGACAAGCUUUGCGCUGCUCUAAACAUCAAUAAAAAAAGCGUGGAUAGAGACCUUGACGUUUACCGCAACUUACUGUCGAAAUUGGUUCAAGCCAAGGAACUUCUUAAGGAAUACGUCGAGAGGGAAAAGAAGAAGAGAGCAGAGAGAUUGGAGACGCCCAAGCCGAACGAGGCUGUUGCAAAAUUCGAUGGAAGCACUUAUCCCUUGAAGCAUUAACUCAACCUUUCCCCAGAGGAGAGCUUGUCCGGAUAACAGAUAUUAACAGUUAUACAUCUGGAUAGCGUUGAGAACUAUCGGGGGCAUCUUUGGCUGCUCUUUGCGUGGUGUAGUACUCGGCGGUACAAAAAGAUCCAGAUUAUUCGCAGUAGUUGGUAUUUUGUAAUUUCUCCUUCUCUGUGUUCGAAUGUACCGUUUUCUUCACUUCGUUGACAAUAUAUGAAGAGUUAUCUGGUGGUGAAUGUUACUCACAAGAUGAGAAAUCAUAUAUUUUGGUGAAAAA